UUCUUAAUUCCGGAAGUAAAAGGACAAGUGCGUUCACAUUUUCAAAGUUAGCCAAAAUAUUGUAAAUGUAACGCUUUGUCAAUGGAAUCUGAGAUAGAAAAAGAAUCACAGCAGUAUGAUAAAUUUAGCAUAUGGCCUGCUAUAUACCAGGAGAUCAAAGUGGAAGCUGCUGAGAUAGCCUUUGAAGAAGAACUGUCCACAAAGGAAGCAAAACAACCGACCAAUAAAAACAGGAACCGAUACAGAGAUGUUUACCCAUAUGACCACAGCAGAGUCAAGUUACAGAAGGGGGAGGACGAUUAUAUCAAUGCCUGCUACUUACCUGUUCCUGAAGCUAAUAGAAAUUAUAUACUUGCUCAGGGUCCAUUGGAGCACACAUCAGGGCAUUUCUGGCAGAUGGUUUGGGAACAGAAAAGUAAAGCUGUAGUAAUGCUCAACAAAGUCAUAGAAAGUGGAUCUAGAAAAUGUCAUCAGUACUGGCCUUUAGGUGAAAACUAUGGUGAUGAUGAAGAAAUGGUCUAUGAAGAUGUUCAGUUAAAGAUAACAUUGUUGGAGGAAAGAUCAUGUAACUACUAUAUAGUCAGGACUUUAGAGAUUGAAGACAUGCAGACAAGUGAAACAAGAGAAAUUUUACAUUUUAAUUAUGUCACAUGGCCAGAUUUUGGCGUACCUACUUCACCGACAGCAUUUCUGAACUUUUUGAUGGCAGUACGAGAAUCUGGUGGUUUAGAGCCAGAUUCAGGACCAUGUGUUGUACACUGUAGCGCUGGGAUUGGUAGAUCUGGAACUUUCUGUUUGGUCGACUCUGUACUUGUUAUAAUUGAAAAUCAAGAACAUAUGAAUGGUAUAGAUAUACGUAAGAUGGUUUUAGACAUGAGAUAUUAUAGAAUGGGUCUGAUACAGACGGCUGAUCAGUUACGAUUUUCUUAUCUUGCCAUAAUUGAAGGAGGGAGAAGAUUAUUGAAUAAAGAACAGAUAUCAACAAUGGAUGUUCUGUCAAGUUACCUAGAAGAAGAAGAGAAGUCAUCAUCUGAUGAAGCCCCUCCUAAACCACCGACUAGGGUGGAAAGUUUGCCACAUAGAAAUGAACCCCCACCGCUUCCUCCUAGAACUGGUUUCCCAAAUACGGUGGAUAAUAUGGAAGGUUUGAACUCCAAAGAGUCAGUCAGUGGUACCAGUGAAAGUCAACUCAGGAGAAGAAAUAGAGAAGAUAGAAAGAAGAAAACAGAAGAACAAGUCAGAAAAAUGAAAGAUAAAUUACGGGACAGUGAACUUUCAAAAAAGAGAAAAUCAUAUUUAAAACCUGUAGCUAUAGGACUGACUGGACUUACUCUUCUAAUUGGUGGCUUUCUUAUUUACACAUUUUAUUUUAAAAACCUAGGUCCUGACAAGGGAUAAUAGUAUGGUAUAUCAGGGGUUAAUAUUUUGGUACUAAAUAGUCUGACUAACCUCAACGGUAGAACUUACAGUUUUAUACUCUGACAAACGAGAGUUUUGUCUGCUUUGCGAGCAUGUAUUUUUAUCAUAGAUAAUAUUAAAUAUUUUUCUUUUAUUACAAGAAAUCUCAAAAAGAUGUUUUAUAUAUAGAUUCACUGGUGCUCAUAUUAAGAUUGCUUUUGACAGUUUUAGUUGUAGAUUUUUUAAUUUAAAAGGCAUAGUGUACUUUGGUAUGAACAAUUUAUUCUAGAAUAUGGUUUUGAAAGUUGGGAACUUUCAUAAAUAUAUUUAAAUAAGUAAGGUAAUCUGAUUUUAUUUUUCUCUGUUUUUGUAAGAUUAAAGCCAUAAAUUUAAUAUAUAAUUUAUUAUGGAACAAACCCAUUUUUUAAUAAUCUGACUACUGAGAUAUGGUAGUAGAAGUAAGUAGUAAAAUUUGCUUGUUUUACUGUUUACUUGACCCUGGCCACGGCUUCAUACUUUUUGACAUUUCUGUUACAUGUGUUUAAAAGAAACAUUUAAUCUGUAUAAGAUCAUUUCAAAAAUGUGUUCAUACCUAAAGCCAGUUGUUUAGUUAUCUUUCCUUAUUCAUGUUAAUAGCAAUCACUUUGUCAGUCUAUCUGUCAUUCUACCUGUUAAGUGCUAAUCCUUUUAACUUUUGGAUUUUUAAUGGAUUUCAUUUAAAAUUUGUAAAAGACAAGCAUACCAUGAACGAUUGUAUGCUAUAAGAAUGAGCUAAAGGCCAUAUCAAUGAACUUAGCAAUUCUGAUAAUGGAAGGAAGGAGUCCUUCAUACAUUUAAAAAUAGUUUUACCUAUUUGUUAACAAUAAAUCAAUAUGAUAUAGAACCAUCUUUAAGAAAGUAGGUCACUCACCACCUUUUCAUAGGGAAACCACCAUAAGAAGAAAAAUUGGUAUAUAAUAAAACAUUUACUUCUUGUAAGUUCAAUGUUGAUUAGGAUUAAUAUUUAGUAACACAUAUAUUUAAACUGAACUAUCUAACUAGUCUAAAAUUCAUCCAAAAUAUACCUGAAAUAUUUACCAAUGGACAUUAAUCAAAUAACUUUCAGUCCAUUUUGUCUGAAAUAUAUUUUCACUUUAAAUUUUCUUUUACAUAAUUUUCACUAUAUGAAGGUCUUGAUUGAUCAUCGGUCAUUAUUCAUAUUAUGUAAAUGAGCUCUUAUUCAGUUUUAUAUAACCUGCAUGUUUUAUUUAUUUUUUGUUUACUUUCUGUCUUGAGAUAAAUUUUUAUACCUUGCACCAGUGACAGUAAACUGUACGAAAGGAAAAGUACAAAAUAAAAUGUUUAUUAGACCUUGAUGUACCAUCUUGGUAGAGUCAAAUUUUCUAUUUUCAAGUGUUGUUGUUUACACAGGUCAUUAGUUACCCUCAUGAAAGUUGAGUUCAAAAACUAACUACACUGCUGUAUUGAUAUAAAUUAUCAGGAAAAUGUAAGACAGAAUUUAUUGCAUUAUAUUAUGUUCAGUUCGAAAAAAAUAUAUUACAUGUUUUUUGUUGAUUUCAACUUUUGUUAGAUAUGGAAAAAAAACUGGUUUGUUACUUUUUAAACACAUGGUUUUCAUUUAAAAGGAUUCAAUGGGAAUGAUAUUCAUUGUUUUGACUAUUCACAAAAUUAUGGAAAUUUAUUUCAUAGUAGACAGUCAUGCAGUCAGAUCAAGAUCAUAUGCUCUUCUAAUAUAGAGACUGAGGGCUGAUAUUACUCAAAUGUGAUGUUAACUCUUUCUUAUAUGUUUACAUUUUAAAUUUAUUAAUUAGUAAUAAGUUACACAGUUUGUAGAUGUGUCAGUUUCGUAUGGAAAAUGUCUCUAUGAAGUCAGAUAUAUAUACCAUGUUUUUUCCCUUUGUUCCAACUUUUUUUACCGUUUUGCAGAAGUUUUUAAUUUUUUUAAUUUUUAUACUUCUUUGGAGUUAAGAACAUAUUGUUUUUAUGUCUCUUCCUUGAGGGAAAUAAAAAAAGUAUAUCAAUAAGCUUUUAUAUAUCACGCAUACACAGUCAUAAUAUGAAAGACAUAAUUCAUGAUAAAUAAACUAAAGAUGGUAUCUGUUCUUCAUUACGGGGUUGCUGCACAAUAUAAAAUAUUUGCAGAAGUUUUAUUUUGGCAAAAUCAAUGGCUAUAUUUCCGCUUUACUCUGAACUUGUUAAGAAAAAUGAUGGUUUAAAAAAUGAAGUAUUAAAUACAACCAAUUAAUCGAUUGAUAUAUAAAAACAAAUUUAGUACAUUAAUUGUAAGUAAGAUAUUAAAGGCAUGACAGUAGAUAUUUAAAGGUUAUUACACAGCAGUUAGCCAAAAUUUAGGUCAUAUAUGGUCAUCUCAGAAAUCAUAUCCCAUAAACAAAUAAUGUAUUUUAAUGGGGUGGUUUUAUAUGACCAAACCAAGAAUUUGUAUAGUGAGACUUUACAAAUCCUUGACCAAACACAGAGAAUAUUUUAUUCUAUAUAAUUCUUAUUCUUUAGAUCAUCAUAUUAAUAGAGAUGCUUUUACAGUUUAUCUCCCUUUAUUUUUUAGUUUUUACUAAUAGAAGAUGCAAAAAGAAAAAUGACAUAUUGUUCUUUAGCAAUGUUAUGUCAAUUUGGUUUUCCUACAAUUUAAUCCAACACCAAAAUACUGUAGUCUCUUCAGUUAGCACAGCUUUUCUGACAUCUUCAUCCAUGUAGGAAACUUCAUUUUACUUUGGUACAUUGUACAUUAAAAAUAGUCUCAAUAGUUUUUUAUUUGUAGUUAUUAUUAUUAAUGUAAACCCACUUAAGGUGAGAUACUAAUAUGAUUGGCAGUGGUGAUAUUUUUUUUUAUGACUUUAAUAAAUAAAAAUAAGCCAAAAUUAAGCAUGUAAGGUGGUAAAUGAAUACUUAAGUUGCACCUUUGCCUACCUUCAUAAAAAACAAAUUGUUUUUAUCUUAUGUUAAAAUAGAAAUUUCUGGCAUUGGUUAAAGUUUAAAAUGUCAUUGAGUGAAUUGGAUGAACUUUUGGGGUCAAACUGACAAGUCCCAAAUAUGUUAUUUAUGAAAAGGGUUAUAAACGUAAGUUUGGUAUAUUUAGUGAGAUAUAUGGCAGCUAGUGGAUGAAAAUCAUCAAAGAACUCAUGUUUUUUUAUUUAUUAUUUAAUUUAAACACAUUUAAAAGAUUAGCUAUUAAUCUUACAGAUAAAUCAUGAAAUGCUUAUAACCAGGAAGUAAAAACUGUUCUAUAAAUAUUUAGAUGUUUCUCUAUGUAAGGUAAGGGGAAAGUUAACCAAUUUAAACAUACAUUCUUUUGAUGUUCUCUCAAGUGUAAGUUUGAAACCAUUAUUUCCGUUUGUUUUUUUUCACAAUAUCUUUCUUAAAGUAAUACAGGUUACAUUUUUAUUGGUCACAGUGAAUUGAAAUUCUUUCGGAUUUUGCUCUGCAUGUUUGUUCCUUCUUGAUAUAUCUCUAUGUGUUAAUUGGUUAAGUUUCAAUUGUAUUUUCUUGGAUAUUCAAAUUUAAGGUUUCAAGAUCUUUACCAAUAAAUGGGAUUAGCAUUAAGAUAUCUUCCUUUUAUGUAAUAGUAUUUGAUGCUCUUGUGUUUAUAUUUUAGUAUACAUGCUACAAGUAAAAUAUAUAUUUUGUUUCUGAUAAUGAUAGUUGCUUGACUUAAUGUUAGUAGAAUAAGCUAUAAGGCAACUAUUAUUGUAAUCUUAUUGUACUGUUAUGCAAAACAUAUUCUACAGUAUGUUGUAAAUUGAAUUGUACAGGGAUCACCACAGAUCAAUUUUCAAGGAGGGAUAGAGCUUAUGAAAUAAUCCUUGCAACUUUUGAAAAAUAGUUAUAAUUUUUAUAUCUUUUUGCAAUUUCUAAUAUAUGCACAUUCAUCUGAGAGUAUGUAUCUUCAUUUCAUGAACAAAAUGAAAAAUAUAUCUGUAGUCAGUUGUUUUAGAUUGAUGAAGAGAUUAUUUUUCAAAGUUUUCUCAUAUGAUCUCAAAACUUAAGGUUGGUUCUGAAAAAAUAAAGAGGAAUGCUUGAAUUCUAAGGGUGGUGCUAAAAAUAAAAGGGUGGAGGAGCACUGCCCUUAAAUAGUCUGUGGUGAUCCCUGUGGAGGAGCACCCCUUUAAAUAGUCUGUGGUGAUCAUUGUUUAUAAUUUAUAGUUUAGCCUAGACCAUAAUGAUUACAUGCUACACUUAGACUGUUUCAGGUUUUAGAAUUGCUAAGUCAUACAGUUCAUGUUUUUUUUUUUCAUUUUUAAGGCAGAUAUUGUUAUAAAAAUCAGGUUUACACUUUGACAAAUAAAAUCAUAAUAAUAUUGUUUAUAA